AUGGCACCGACGUCACGAACCAAUGCGCGCUCCCGCAUAGAUCAGAUCUCCAAGCACUUGGAUUCCAAGCCGUUCCUCGAACUGAACACCCCCUUCUCCACCGAACGAAGCUCGCGAUUUGAAGACGGAAGCGGAAACGUAAAGCGACCGAAGCCACAACCAAAGCCUCAAGAAAAGAAGAUUGAACCACCAGUAGUAACGAAGGCAGAGCCAGAACCGGAACCACCCAAGAAGAUGUCGCGAUCAAACCAGAAACCACACCCUGCGCUGCUCAUUCCUGGGCCAAUUGAGUUUGACGAUGCAGUCCUUGACUCUAUGAGCCACUACAGUGAAUCACAUGUCGGCCAGCCCUUUGUAAACUGCUUCAGCGAGGUCCUCCAAAACUUGCGCAAGCUCUUCCAGACCACCGAUCCCGCCUCGCAACCCUUCGUCAUCUCCGGCUCCGGUACACUGGGAUGGGACCAAGUCGCAGCCAAUCUAGUUGAGCCCGGCGAUGAGGUGCUCGUCCUCCACACUGGCUACUUUGCAGACUCGUUCACCGACUGCUUCGAGACCUAUGGCGUCAAGGCGACACAAUUGAAGGCGCCAAUUGGCGACCGACCACAGCUUGAUGAAGUUGAGAAGGCGCUGAAGGAGAAGGAGUACAAGAUGCUCACUGUCACCCAUGUCGAUACCUCCACUGGUGUGCUCAGCGAGCUCAAGGCAUUGAGCGAGCUUGUGCACCGCGUCAGCCCCGAGACUUUGUUUGUUGUAGACGGUGUCUGCAGUGUCGGCUCAGAGGAGAUCCGCUUCGAUGACUGGAAGCUCGAUGCUGUUCUCACAGCUUCGCAGAAGGGCAUCGGCUGCCCCGCUGGUCUCAGCAUCAUGAUGGUCUCUGGCCGUGCCAUUGAGAGAUUCAAGGCCAGGAAGACCAGGCCAACUUCCUACUUUGGCUCAUGGAAGAACUGGCUCCCAAUAUCAGUCAUGCAAAACUACGAGGCAAAGAAGGCAUCAUACUUCGCGACUCCCUCGCCACAACUGGUACACGCGCUCGACACCUCGCUGAAGCAGAUUCUGUCCCGCCCGCUCGACCAACGCUUUGCCGACCACAAGGCUGCGUCACAAAAGGUCAAGAAGGCCGUUGCCGACCUCGGCCUGAAGCAACUCGCAUCCAAGCCUGAAAACCAGGCAAAUGGCAUGACUGCCAUCUACCUACCCGACGGCUUCACUCCUCCCGAUGUUCUCCCCAAUCUGCUAAAGAAGGGCGUCAUCUUCGCUGGUGGACUGCACAAAGAGAUUGCGACAAAGUACAUCCGCUUUGGACACAUGGGUGUGAGCGUGACAGACCCCGAGAGGCCAGAUAUCACCACCGCAAUUCAGAGCUUGAAGGAGAGUCUCGCGGACGCUGGUUACAAGGCAUAA